AUGCACCUAUCACACCUCACGCUCGAGACGGACAAAAAAAUAUACAUUGGUACCUUUGCGUCCGACACAACUGGGGGAGGAGCAGAAACGCUAUGCGAGCUGCGGUCUCGUCACUCUGACUUCUUUGUCUCCAAGGUUCUUAUGCAAGACGAAGCAUUUGGCUCUGGCCGAACGCAAAAUGUCGCGCCCAGAGCUGCCAACAAGUCUGCCGACGCCGUGAGCAUGAAGCACCACGGGUCCAAGCGGGACGCGGCCACCAAGGCAGCAAAUGAUAUCCCCAACAUUGGGCCACCUGCAAACAGCAGGCAUGCCAUGUUCAAAGACGGAAGAACCGCAGGAUGCCAGAAAUCGCUUCUCUUGAACUGCCGCAAUGAAGGCGUGGCCUGCGUCCGCCGUGCAGUUGAAGUUAAAUAA